GCCAUUUUAUAAGUGUUUGUUUAACUCAAUUAUCAGACGAAUUGUGCCGCCUUGCGAUUCUCAAGUGCGAGAUCUCCUCUUUACCAGAUCUCGUAACUGGUCUGGCUUGGUAUUGUGAUUUAUGCCAAUUGCCUUAUCUAGUGUGCCAGUCGUGAUGAUGUGUAUGCGAAGCGGCGGCACCAUAGCAUGAGAUGAUUCGCGAGAACACUAGAUCCUCCCCCCGGUUGGAGUGAAUUGUGAAAAAAGGCAUUUCACUGUUGCCCUCUUUUGCACUGUCUCUUCGCAGGCAUAUUCGAUUAAUGAUGAUUCAGUUGAUUAAGAACGGAAUUAGUAGAAACAGGCUGUACUGUUCCGUGGCGCAACAAUGAUUUCCGUUGAAGUCAGCAAAUUGUGACGCACGCGGUGCGCGAAUGCGAUAGCACGAUGGCAUCUUCCGUCUCUGUCGUUCAGCGGUUGCCAGGCAGCGGCCGUGCCGUCAAAAACAGCUGUCGCCGUGAAAUCCUCCUUCAUCGUCUUAGCGCUAGAGUUUGCGAGAAACAGUCCUGGAAUUCCGCUCCGUCGCCGUCGUCACAUGAUUCCAGUGCAUCGCUGAUACGGACUUACCCGCCCACGAAGACUCAUCGUCGAAUAGAGUGAUUAGAAACGGUGGUGGCCGACAGAAAGUGGUGCAUCGCGAGCGCUGGAGUGGGGGCGACUUUCUCUCGAGUUUUAAAGGGUCGAUCAGGUGCAACGCGUGCAAGAAACUCGCUGGCCCUGCCCGUAGCCGCCGGGAAUUUUCAGCGCAGUCAUUCAUCAUCGAAAGAGUCCACCGUGCUGGUGAUGGAAGGAAGGUUUUGUUGACGAACUGGUGAUUACGUCACGCGAAUCGCGGGCGAGAAGCAUGAACGAGCAGCGACGACCAAGACGACGAGCGGUCCGGAACAACGCGCAACGUGUAGUGAGCAAAGGGCGACUUCGAUGAAAAUCAUCUGAAGUUAUUCAAUCAAAGACAAUCAUCUUAGCGGACUAUGCCGACUGUGCUGCGUUGUUGAGGUGUCUACACGAUGGAGGUGCCAACGCCGGAGAUUCUUAGUGCCGAGGAUGUGCGGAUUGUGGUGAAAAAUAGUACGGGUACCGAGGCCAAAGUGUUGGGCUUUUGCGUGAAACGUAUGAGCGAAGAACCGAUAGGGUACAUGGCGGAUCACUUAACGCUCUGCAUCGAAAUUGCUGGUGCUGCUGGUGCUGAUAGUAAGACGAUUGUGAAUGGGACCAAAACGUCCGACCAAAGUAAUGGCCUUGCGCCGACCGACAAUAAGCUGCACUUUUUUAUGAAACUGCUCCCGGAAGCGAACCCAAAGUUGGCGGAGUACAUCGAGAAGAUGGGUUGCUUUCGGAAGGAGAUCGACGUGUACAGUGUGCUGCUGCCGGAGAUGUUGAGGCACACGCACGGGAUCGAACAAUUUAUGCCGCGCAUCCUGCUUACGAAAGAGCACAGUCUGAUCGUUUGCGAUGACCUUCGGCAGCAGGGCUACAGCCUGAAGCUUGACCGGGCGAGCAGUUUGCUGAAUCAGUCGCACAUUGAAGUAGCCCUGCGCACAAUCGCCAAGCUACACGCAACAUCCAUCAUCUACGAGGAGCGGGAGGGCACACCGUUGGCGGAAACCUGCCGAAGGCUCGCGCGGAACGGCACGGCCAACAUGCUCGAGGAGAACGUGUACAUUAACCGUGAAUCGUACGUUCGCACGACCAAUCUAGAAAACUGCAUACAGGUGCUAUGCGAGCUGACCAAACGGAUCGACAAGUAUCGGCAGGCGGACAACCUCGAACAAAUUCUCGAUCAAAUACCGGUGCUGGUGCGGAAAAUUUACGAUUUCGCCAAGCCAUCGAAAGUGUUUCGAAAUGUGCUGAAUCAUGGGGACCUAUGGUGCAAUAAUAUCAUGUUCAAGUACGAGCCACAGCUGAACGGCACACAAGCCGGGACGGGACAACCGGUCGAUGCAAAGUUGGUGGACUUUCAAUUUUCACGCAUUGCCCCACCGGCGUACGAUGUGAUGGCCCUGAUCAUGAUAUCCACCCUGAGCACGUUCCGGGAACCGUUGUUGGAUAGCUGGAAGCAUCUGUACUACAAUCAAUUGGCAGACUACCUAGCAGCUAACGACUUGGAGGCAGAACGGUUGCUGCCUCGGACAGUAUUUCUCGAGUCCUGUGCUCACUACCAUCUGGCCGGGCUAAUCGAAAGCUGCAUGUACUUCCAUUGGCCUCCGGAGCAGGAUUGUUACGAGUGGGACGAGAGCGUGUCGGACGAUUUCGAUUGUAAAACCAACUCGACCGUGUUCGUGCGGGCCAGCAUUCGCGGGUACGAGAAGUACGAACAGUACCGGAUACGCAUCAGUGAUAUGAUCACGCAGAUUGUUGACAAGUUUAUCCUAGACAAAUAGUAAAGUAGGAGGAGAUUUUUGUUCACCAGACUGGGAAGGUGUGUUAUUUGCACUACAUAAGUACGGGAGGCAUCGUUAGUUUAAUAAAUUGGUACAAAGUUCCAGAGAGCCAAACAUUUGGCUGUUUUUAAACUUCCUG